AACAAAUGCGGUUGGCAACCAGUCAGUCUUUCUGCAGUAGGCUGAUGACCGACCAAAAGUGGCAUUCUUUGAUACACUUGGGUACCUAGAUGCCCUAGCUGGCCAUUUUCGUCUGUAAGAAAUUAAUUUUACCGAAAGAAGCGCAAGUGGAAGUGGCGAAAUGGAACAGGUUAUCGAAAUCGAACACGAGACGACAGCGCGCUUCUCGUGGAGUCAAUUAUAGCAGUCAUGUUAAACGGUUUUGCUAAACACAGGCCUCUCAGUACACUCGAGUAUGAACAGCAGUUAGAUUAUCUGUGUCAGUGGAUGGAGAAAUGGAGCGAUCAAGUGAGACGCAGUGUAAUUGAUCUCCUUCUUCCACGCUGUGAUCAAGAACAAAUCACGUUCCUUUGGACAGUGGUUGAGCCAACAUUACACAGAGACUUUAUGUACAGUUCACUGAAUGCAUUUCCAAGAAGUUCAUUCAGCCCUGUGUCAACACCACUGUGUAGAGAAGUUCAUAAAAAACUUGGGAAGCCAAGAUACAGAGCAUGGAAGCUUCACCGGGUGGAGAGUGCCAUCCUUCACGAUGAAGAAGAGGUGAAAGCCUGGACAUCAACUGCUGUUUUACCAAUUGUGAAGAGUCCUUCCCUUGCGUCACCAUCGCGACAAACGAAGAGAACACCUUCUCCUGAGAGAGUAGAGUCCAGAGGUUCAUGGAAAUCGAAAACAACCUAUUUUGGAGUUAAAUUACCAGGAAUUUCAAGUGUUGGAGGUCAAAAGCGAUCUCUAUCAAGAUUUACAGGAAGUCGCUCAGCACCACCUUGUGGGGCUACCAAAACUUCUUCCCAACAUGCUGUGCGACGCCACAUGCAGAAUGAGUACAAGAAGGAUGUAAUCAACAAUGCUGCAAUGGAUAGUGGGAGAAAGGCUGACGACGUUACGUCAUGGCAAAGAUUGUAUAAAUCGAAGUCUUGCCCCAAUGUGUCUCACACGGCAAAAUCUGUGGUCGGUCAGCAGAGGCAUGUGCUGCAUCACCGUACCAAAACUGAACAAGGUCCAAACUCAGCGUGGAAUUUGAUUUCAUUACCAGAGAAUGCUCAGUGUCUUGUUCAGUGGUUUGAGCAACAGUGGAGCGGUUGGCAAAAGAAUGAAUUUCUUCAGCUGUUCUUGAGGGUUCUUGCGCCCAGCGAACUUUACUUUCUUUCCGGACUUCUCGCUGUUAAACAGUAUCGAGAUUUUAUAGCUAUGCUCCCAGAGCAGUUAGCUAUUCGCAUUUUUUCUUUUCUUGUUCCAAAGGAACUUCUAGUUGUUUGUCAGGUGAGUAAAACCUGGCGUCGUCUUGCGUCUAAAGAUGAGCUCUGGAAAGCAAAAUGUCAAGAAACUUAUGUUGGUGUGCCACUGAGUACUCCAGCUGUAUGGAAGGACAUCUUUAGAGAAAAUCUUAACCUGAAGCGAAACUGGGCAAAUGGCCGCUGCAAAGUGACUGACAUGAGUGGCCACACCCACAACGUACUUUCCGUGUGUGCUUACAAGAACUACGUUGCGACCGGCAGUUUGGAUAGAACGAUAAAAAUCUGGGAUGCCAAAAGUGGUGCAUUGCUUCUGACAUUCCAAGGACAUACGCGUGGUAUUUGGAGUUUGCGGUUCUUGUCAAGUUCUAUUCUGAUAAGUGGAUCAUACGACAAAACUAUUCGGCUCUGGAGCCUCCGAACAAAUAUGUGUGUAAGAAUAUUAAUAAGUCAUGAUGGUCCCGUCUGGGCCAUCGAACGUAAGGGAGAUUUCCUUGUCAGUGGAUCAAGCGACAAAACGGCCAAAAUCUGGAACAUUCGUCAGUGUAAACUCCUUUUCUCGUUGAUGGGUCACAAUGGUUGUGUUUUCUGUGUCGAUCUGGAUAAUGAAUGUAAAAAAGCGUUCACCGGCUCAGGAGACAGGACUGUACGAGUGUGGGAGGUGUCCACAGGUGUUUGUCUUUUGUCCUUCAACAUCGGACAACUGUCUGGCUCCACAGUGACUGCUGUGAGUUUUGAUCAGGGUCAUGUAGUGGUAGGGUCGGGACAGCUGGUGUCGCUAUGGAACCUUGAGACAGGUGCCUGUGUAAAUGAGUUCAAAGGACACAAAGGAAGGAUUGAAUCUAUUAAACUGAAGUUCAUAAUGGUGAAUGGGAAGAAAGAAGCGGGCCUCAUAGUCAGCGCUGGUAAAGACGGUCUGAUAAAGUACUGGGACAUUGAACAGGGUUCCUGUAUUCAAACACUUAAAGGACACAAGGACAAUGUGAACUGCAUCCAUGUGGAUUCCACUAGGAUCAUCAGUGUUUCUUAUGAUCAAAGAGUGCGAGUCUGGGAUUUUAAUUCAUGACCUCAACAGCAAUCGUUGAAUAAAGAGACAAUAUAUUGUUCAAAAAUGCACUCGUUUUGAGUAUUCCUCUUUCAAAAAAUUGAUUACCUUAUUCUGUGUUACACUUCACUCUAACUUCUCAUUUCAGUCGUGUACUUUAAAGAAAUCAGGCCAUCGCGAAAAGAGUCAAUAGUUAUAAAUAAAAUUCUUUAUAUAUUUAAUUCGAGAAAUUUAAGCUCUUAUUUGGUAAAGAUUUAUGAAGGAGAUAAUCAUCUAUUUCCACAUUGCAAGAGUGUUUUGGCAUUUUUGGUCAGAUUGGUAGUUUGGUAACUUGAAUCGCAUAUUUUAGCUGUAAAUAGUCUAUUUAAAUCCUGAGAAUGCUGUGUAGAUAUGUAUUAAU